UUUUUAAUUUCAAAAAUAAAAAUUUCAAGUAAUUGUUUGUAUGUAAGAAAAUAAAUAGUAUAAAAACGAGUGCCUGAGUAGUAAACAUAGCAAUAUGAGUAGUCUUAGUCUACCCGAAAAUUGUUCGAAACAAUGGGAAAUACUGCUCUUACUUAUUUCUUCGGAGGAAAAAAAAAUAGACAGGACUGGCGAUUCGGAAAUAGAUACAAUGAACUAUUUUUACAAAAACGAGGGAAUUAGGCAAAUUCUCCUUCAAUGGUUAAACCAAAUGAAAGCGACAUAUGCAAAAAAAAGAAGUGAAUCUGACACAGCUACAAAAUGUGAUGAAAUAGCAUUACUAUGGAGACAAAAAGGAAAUGACAAGUUCCGAUCUAACAAUAUUGAAGCAAGUUACAGUUACUAUUCGAAAAGUGUCACAUAUGCCAACCAAACAGGCCCAAUGUAUCCUCUUGCACUUGCUAACAGAUCAGCUGCACUGUUGCGGUUGAAACGAAAUGAGGACUGCUUGUCAGACAUUAAACUGGCGAUAUCCAAUGGCUACCCAUCAGAGUUACGUCACAAGCUCCUGCUCCGAAGAGCUGAUUGUCUUAUAGAGUUGUGCAGAACAGUUGCUGCACGAGAAGCAUUGAUUGAAGCAAAACAACAUGCAGCUUCACUAAAACUCUCGAUGUCCCAUAAAGGUGAGUUUGAUCGCCAUCUUUGUGAUUUGGAAAAGAAACUGGAGGUUGUGAAAGAUGUUGACCGUUCUGAAGAAGAUGAGAUACCUGAUUUCUACAUGGGAGAGAACGAGGAGUUUGUUUCUGCCUCCAACGCUUUACAAUUGAAACGCAGCAAAGCAGCUGGUCGACACGUCCUAACCAAGAAAGCGACAAAACGAGGUGAUGUCAUAUUCUCAGAGGAGCCGUACGCUUGUGUCACGUUGCCGAAUGAAGGAGGGCGCUUAGUCUGCGAAACAUGCUGUCGAACUGACAUCAAUACUGUUCCUUGCAGUGUAUGUUCUCGAAGCUGCUACUGCAGUGAAACUUGUAGAGAGCAUGGUUUGCACACAUUCCAUCGCUGGGAAUGCUCCGGAGCCCAGUUUGAUUUGUUCCCCACUAUAGGGAUAGCGCAUUUAGCUCUAAGGGUACUCUUAGUAUCGGUCAGCGCCGGUUUCCCCCAGCUGCCACCGGGGGAACGUACACCGACUUCAGCAUCCGAUCUCUUCAAUGGCUACGCAAAAAUCGACAACGUUCAGAUAUACACACGGGACACGCCCCCCUUCUACAGGAUGUUCAAUUUGGUCACGAAUUUUGAUAAAAUGAACAGCACCGAUUACAUACAGUAUGCACUUACCGCAACAAUGCUGACUCUCUACUUGGAGAAUUUCACGACGUUCUUCGAUGAUUUGCCCGAUAAAAUUCCGUAUACGCUAAACAAGUCGCAGCUGCGUCUUUUCUCCGCUUCGCUGUUACUGCGUAGCCUGGGACAGCUGGUCUGCAACGGACACGCGGCUUUGAGUCUGGCGACUGUCGAAGAGGACGAUGCGAAAGCCGGAAGGACGAUAUCUGAGCGAGAGGUGCGUCGCGCUACCGCCAUUUAUCCGUCGGCCGCCAUGAUGAAUCACUCGUGUGACCCGAACAUUGUAAAUACUUUCUACAACAGUCGUCUGAUAGUUCGUUGUUCGCGAGAGAUGCCCGUGGCCACGGAAGUCUUCAACUGCUACGGACCUCAUCGUUCCAGAGAAACUACCGCCCAGAGACGAGCGCAACUCAGAGCUCAGUACAUGUUCAACUGUAUGUGCACCGCUUGCCUCGAUACUGACCGGAAGGAUUUUGUGUCUUUGUUCACCGCGUACGCUUGCCAGACGUGCAAAGGGCCGGUCCUGUGGUGCGGGAAGAGAGCCCUGUGUCAGCAAUGCCACGCUGAACUGCAAAUAGACCGAGCGUUGUCCGCUAUAGAAAAAGCCGAAGACUUGAUGGAUCAAGCUGAACGGGCGGUCACAGUUGAGGAACGUUUCGAGAAGGCUCAUGCGGCUUACAAAAUGAAACAGCAAGUUUGGCACCGACACCACACGUCUCUGCGGGCUGCCGCCGACAGACUCGCCAGAAUAUACGUUGAUUCCGGCGAGUUCAGCAGGAGCGUCGAGCUGAUCAAGCAAAACAUUCAGAGUCUGGAAUACCAAUUCGGAUCGUUUAGCGUUGAGGUAGCGCAUGAGCUAAGAAAACUAUCGGACGUGAUGCUAGAGAGACUCAUCAACUUACCACAGAGCCCUGAAUACAGGGAAUGGUGUCUCGAAGCCCACAAGAUAAUAAAGAAAUCUAUACAACUGAUGGACUUGAACUACGGUUCCUGGGAGCCGCUGGUCAAGAGGCUCAAAGAGCAGGAAUCGAUAGUGGCUUCACUCCUCGCCCAUAGUCGAACUCCGGAACAUUCGGACACGAUACACAACAAUCUGCACUACAACCUGAAGAUAUAACACAGGUCCACCAGGGAAGCCUGCCACGUCUGCAUGGCCGCCUGGUCUCACUUCUCUUGUCGGUUCUUCAAACUGUGAAGGGUUCCGUUUGACAGAUGACACAAGUGACACGUGUCAAAGGCCAACGGCGUGAUUCGCGGUGGAUGUAAUAUUUCAAAAUUUACAAAUAGCUUUCAUGAAGCGCCCUGUAAACGAUCAAAUUUUUUUUUAUUGCUUAGAUCGGUAGUCGCGGUCACAGCCCACCUGGUGUUAAGUGGUUACUGGAGCCCAUAGAC